AUGGCUCCUCUCGUCCUUCUUACCGGCGCGACCGGACUGGUCGGCUUCAGAGUCCUCCAAGAGCUUCUCAAGAAGAGCGACUUCGACGUCCGCAUUGCCGUACGCUCCGAGGAAAAAGCCCAGACAGUCUUUUCCAACCCAGUCAUUCAAAAGCUCCAGCCCACACUGGGUGGGCGAUUGACAUACAAGAUCGUCCCCGACAGCGUUGUACCGGGCGCCUUUGACGAAGUCCUUCAAGAAGUCACAUAUGUGAUCCACGCUGGAUCACCCGUUCCAGUCCCCGGAUGCAACCCUCUCGAACAAGUGUGGAAGCCUACAGUAUUGGCCAUCGAGAAUCUGCUCGCCUCAGCCGCAAAGGUCCCCACUAUUAAACGCGUGCUCGUAACUUCAUCCAUCGUCGCGAACAUGGCCCCCAUGCCUGAUCCCACCGUCACAGUUACCGCAAACUCUCGAUUCCAGCUCCCAGGUGUCCCCGAGACCUUCAGCAACGAGUUCGAAGCCUACAUCCUGGGCAAGAUUACCGAGAUUAAUAACAUUGACACAUUCGUCAAGGAAAAGAAGCCACACUUUUCCGUUUCUGUCAUCGUGCCCGGGUAUAUCUUUGGCCGUGAUGAAUUGGUGCUGGAUGCCAAAGCGGCCGUUGAAAAGAGGAGCUCGCCUGGAAUCUUGCUGCGCAGCUUGACAGGAGUCGAUUCCCCGGCUCCGAUCCACGGUGGCUAUGUCCACAUUGAUGACUUGGCGGAGAUCUACUUGAGGGUUUUGAAGCUAGAGUCUAGCACGGAGUCUGUUAGUAACUUCGGGGCCUGUAAAUUGUGCAACUAUGAUGACUCGUGGGCUCUUGUGGAGAAGAACUUUCCCAAGGAGAUUGCUGAUGGAGUGCUCACGCGUGCUAUUCUACCCACGCUGCCCAUUUCAUAUGAUUCGAGUGGGACUGAGAAAGCUCUGGAAGGCUUCAAUUUCCGCUCGUUUGAGGAUGGAGUUAAGGAUGUCGUGCAGUUUUACCUAGAUCGCCUGGCCGAGCAGAACUAG